AUGCAUAGAUACGUGGAAGAAGCAUCAUCGCAUUCAUUGGACUGGUCAUCGGCUUCGUCUACCAGUGAAUACGUACGACUGGUGAUACUUCGAGAUGGACAACCUGUCAGUACUGUUGCAAUGGGCGAAGAACUGGAAAUGAGGUGGAUUCUGGUACAGGACAAAAUCUCAAAUGUUGGACUUUUUUUGAAUCGCUGCAUUGCAGAACGAAUGGAUGGAUCGGCACCGCUUCCUCCUCCUCUUACACUUAUUGCUAAUGGAUGUGUAAGCAACAAAGUAAGCCGUCUUUUAAUGCACUAUCCUAUCCUUCCAUUCGAUGGUGGCUUAACCACAAAAAUCAAAGUAUUUCGAUUUGAUGGUUCACGUCGUGUUCGAAUUCUGUGUUCGGUGGAUAUUUGUUUUGAGCGCUGUGCACCGAUAUAA